AUGGCCACGUCUAUACUUGGGGAAGAGCCGCGCUUCGGAACGACCCCGUUGGCCAUGCUGGCGGCGACCUGCAACAAGAUCGGCAACACGAGCCCGCUGACAACGCUGCCGGAGUCGAGCGCUUUCGCCAAGGGCGGCUUCCAUCCCUGGAAGCGCUCCUCGUCCAGCUGCAACCUCGGCUCCAGCCUCUCGGGCUUCGCCGUGGCCACCGGCGGCCGCGGCUCAGGCGGCCUGGCGGGCGGCUCUGGCGCAGCCAACAGCGCCUUCUGCUUGGCCUCCACGUCCCCCACGUCUUCCGCUUUCAGCAGCGACUACGGAGGCCUCUUCUCCAACUCGGCGGCGGCCGCGGCCGCGGCGGCCGGGGUGUCUCCGCAAGAGGCGGGCGGCCAGUCGGCCUUCAUCUCCAAGGUGCACACGACGGCGGCCGACGGCCUCUACCCUCGCGUGGGCAUGGCGCACCCGUACGAGUCCUGGUACAAGUCAGGCUUCCACUCAACGCUGGCGGCGGGCGAGGUGACCAACGGCGCGGCGUCGUCAUGGUGGGACGUGCACAGCAGCCCAGGCUCGUGGCUGGAGGUGCAGAACCCCGCUGGGGGGCUCCAGAGCUCGCUGCACUCGGGCGCCCCCCAGGCCUCGCUGCAUUCGCAGCUCGGCACCUACAACCCCGACUUCAGCUCGCUCACGCACUCGGCCUUCAGCUCCACGGGCCUCGGCUCCUCGGCCGCCGCCGCCUCGCACUUGCUCUCCACCAGCCAGCACCUGCUGGCCCAGGACGGCUUCAAGCCGGUGCUGCCCUCCUACUCGGACUCCAGCGCCGCCGUGGCGGCCGCCGCAGCCAGCGCCAUGAUCUCGGGCGCCGCGGCCGCCGCCGCCGGGGGGAGCUCGGCGCGCUCGGCCCGCCGCUACUCCGGCCGCGCCACCUGCGACUGCCCCAAUUGCCAGGAGGCGGAGCGGCUGGGCCCGGCCGGGGCGAGUCUGCGGCGCAAGGGCCUGCACAGCUGCCACAUCCCGGGCUGCGGCAAGGUGUACGGCAAGACGUCGCACCUGAAGGCGCACCUGCGCUGGCACACGGGCGAGCGGCCCUUCGUGUGCAACUGGCUCUUCUGCGGCAAGCGCUUUACGCGCUCGGACGAGCUGCAGCGGCACCUGCGGACUCACACGGGCGAGAAGCGCUUCGCCUGUCCGGUGUGCAAUAAGCGCUUCAUGCGCAGCGACCACCUGAGCAAACACAUUAAGACGCACAACGGGGGCGGCGGGGGCAAAAAGGGCAGCGACAGUGACACGGACGCCAGCAACCUGGAGACGCCCCGCUCCGAGUCCCCCGACCUCAUCCUGCACGACUCCGGCGUCAGUGCCGCCCGGGCGGCGGCGGCGGCGGCGGCGGCUGCAGCGGCGGCGGCGGCGGCGGCCUCGGCAGGAGGCAAGGAAGGCGCGUCUGGCCCCAACGACUCUUAG